CCUUCUGGUCUUUCUUCUUUGAGUCUUGAAAACCGAGCUUAUCUAGUAACCCGUGGGCGUGGAGGUUGUCACUUCUGUUUGGAAAAACCAAGCGUCGAAUGAAAAACUCUUUUCGAAGGUACGCUUCACUUGGCCUUGUGUGUUUCCAUUGUUUUGAUUAGAAACGAAUUGGGUUUCUGAGUUCUCAAUAACCUAUGCUCAAACCUGAUUGAUUGAACUAACAAAACCAUGUCCGAUAUUUAGUUUUGCAAUUCGAAAUUGGUUUAAUGGCAAAAACAGGGAGUACUCUUUUUCUUGAAGAUUGGCUGAGAAGUGUGAGUGGCCAUGGCAAUAGCUUCAGCUCUAGAAACUACUCAGCCUCAUCUGCAAGAGCCAUAAUUCAAGCUUGGGCUGAGCUUAGAGACUCCCUCCAACACCAAUCAUUUCAAACCCAUCAUCUUCAAUCUCUAAAGACUCUUGUCAAUUCCCAGACUUCUCUUCAUGUUGCUGAGCCUCAGGCAAAGCUUCUGCUUUCAAUUCUGGCCUCUCCAAAUCUUUGUCUUCCUCAUGAAUCCUAUACUCUCUUUCUCAGACUUCUCUAUAUAUGGGUCAGGAAAUCUGCCAGACCCUCUUCUGUUCUCAUUGAUUCAGCUGUGGAUGUCCUUAGGAAUCUGUUUUCUUCUAAACAAUAUGACUCGAAGAAGAACCCAAGACUCUUUUCAGAAGGUAUUCUCCUUUUGGGGUCAUUUUCUUUUGUGCCUUCCGGGUCUGAGAACUCGAAAACUGUCUGCUUAGAGCUGCUUUGUAGGCUGUUGGGAGAGGAGUAUGAAGUGCUUGGAUCAUUUAGUGGACUAGUUCCAGAAGUUCUUGCUGGAAUUGGGUAUGCUUUAUCUUCCUCUUCCAAGAGUGUUCAUUUUGUUAGAAUUUUGGAUUUCAUGUUGAGCAUUUGGGGUAAGGAAAGUGGGCCUCAGGGUACCAUUUCUCAUGGGCUGAUGGUUCUGCAUUUGAUGGAAUGGGUAUUGUCUGGUUUGAGCAAUUUUUGUGCCGUAGAGAAAAUUAAUGCUCUUUGUAAGGAGGCUUUAGAGACCUCAAAACCAAUGUAUGUUCCAUUUGCGGUUGUCAUGACUGCUGCUGGAAUACUGAGGGCUUUGAAUAGAUCUGUAGUGAGUGGUCUUGCGCUGGAUGCUAUUUCUAAACUGAGAAUGUCUGCAGAAGAUCGAAUGGAGUUUGUAGCAAGAGAGUUGAUUUCAAGAACUAGAGGAUUUACGAGUUCAAGUUAUGAUCACACAGAUAGUAUUUUGCUGCAGUGUGUUGCAGUAGCAUUGGCUCGAAGUGGUGUUGUCUCUUCUCAUGAUCCUUUGUUUAUAUGCCUUGGUUCUGCAUUGUUGACUGAAAUAUUUCCCUUAAGACGUUUUUACAUGAAGGUAUUUGAAUCGAUGCAUGGCAGUUCAGCCAUACGGAGGAUCAAUGAGGUCAAAGAACACCUUGAAAGUGUGACCUUUAAGGAAGCAGGGGCCAUAACUGGUGUUUUCUGCAAUCAUUAUCUUUCAGUAAAUGAAAAAAGCCAGUACAUAGUGGAGAAUCUUAUAUGGGAUUACUGUCAACGUAUAUACAUGGAGCACCGACAGGUCGCUUUGGUUCUUCGUGGUAAAGAGGAUGAAUUGCUUGGAGAUAUAGAGAAAAUAGCUGAGUCUGCUUUUCUUAUGGUUGUACUCUUUGCAUUGGCAGUCACAAAGCACAAGCUAAAUUCAAAAUUUAACCUGGAAACUCAAAUGGAUAUAUCAGUUCAAAUUCUUAUUUCAUUUUCUUGUGUUGAGUAUUUCCGGCGCAUUCGUUUACCAGAAUACAUGGAUACUAUUCGAGGCAUUGUUGUUAGUGUUCAGGAAAGUGAUUCUGCUUGUGUGUCUUUUGUAAAAUCCAUUCCAGCUUAUGUUGACUUGACACAGGGUCCAGAUUUUUCUUCGCCACAGAAAAUGGAAUAUAUAUGGUCCAUUGAUGAGGUUCAAACUGCUCGCAUUUUGUUCUACUUAAGAGUUAUUCCAACUUGCAUUGGACGACUGCCUAGCUCUGUAUUUGGAAAAGUUGUUGCUCCAACUAUGUUCUUAUAUAUGGGACAUCCUAAUGGAAAAGUAGCCAGAGCAUCUCAUUCUAUGUUUUCAGCAUUCAUAUCUUCUGCCAAGGAUUCCGAUGAAGAUGAAAGGGUGUCAUUGAAGGAGCAGCUUGUUUUCUACUACAUACAGAGAUCACUAAUGGAAUAUCCUGAGAUUACUCCUUUUGAGGGAAUGGCUUCUGGAGUUGCAGCUGUGGUUCGACAUCUUCCUGCUGGAAGCCCAGCUAUAUUCUAUUGUAUCCAUUGUCUGGUUGAAAAGGCAAAUAAGUGCAACAAAGACUUUGCUCAGCAGGCUGAUAUGUGGAAGAACUGGCAAGGAGAGUCGGAGCCUUGCAAAAAAAUCCUAGAUUUGCUUUUACGGCUGAUUUCCCUGGUUGACAUACAGGUACUACCAGACUUGAUGAAGUUGUUGGCACAGCUAAUCGUCCAACUACCAAAAGAUGGCCAGAAUAUGAUAUUAAAUGAGUUAUAUUCACAGGUGGCAGAAUCUGAUGAUGUAACGCGCAAACCCAGUUUAGUUUCUUGGUUGCAGUCAUUGUCUUACAUUUGUUUUCAUGAAACGAGUGGAAGUGCAGCCUCCAAAAAGCUGGGAACUGAAAAAACCAUUACUUCUAUGCAGACUCCACAUCCAUCAAGAUAUACUAGCCUAAAUGCUCGACUAUGACUUUGGAGACACUAGAUUGGGAAAAAUAGAUGAUUAAUCAUGAACAUUUGCCUUUUAUGGUCUUUCUCCAUAAUGCAAUAAUCAAAAUUACCACUUGCAGCUGUCGU